CGCGCGACAGCACCACGCACGCACUUCGAUUCGACUCCGCUCCUCCGUUCUGCCCAGGCAAUUGAUCGCCCAAGAUGGCUAAGAACUUGAAGACCACGGUCUUCUCGAAAUAUACUGUUCAGCCUACCGGGAUAUAUGCAGCUAUCAACAGGCUCUUCGCGAUCGACCCCAAGCGUUCCACGGGUAUCCCAAUGAACCCGCAGUUCCGUAACCCACCUCCCGGCGCAAACGAUCCCAUGGCCUACGACGAUCCCGUAACUGUUCCUGCUGCCGAUAUCGCCGAGAACCCGUACUGGAAGCGCGAUGUGCGACGACGUUACCCUAGGCUCUCGACCGUCACCCAGGCCGAUGCGGUUGCAUUGCUCGAAGUUGGAAGCGCAGCAGCGCCCAAGCAGGAAUUGAUUGGCGAGGCGGGCUCCAAGUCUCUGAUUGCUGCCCAAGAACAGGGUGCGAAAGGACUCGCUGUUGCAUUUGAGAAGAACAGUGGGCUUGCAAAGGAUGUACUAGGUCCUGGUGGCAUGCCUCCGCUUCCCAGCGGCCUGCACAACACCGGCGUUUCGGGACACAAGCGAUAUGAUUUGGAGCAGGACCAGUCAUACGGUGAUGGGUACCCGUGCCGGACAUUUGCUUAGGUUGAAUCGAGCUUCUGGUAAUGACACCCAAGAUAGAUACAUUGUACACAUGAAGGCCUUUCUUCCUCCAUUUAUUUCAUAUUUCCAUCAUCUCUUCAAGUUCCACGUAGGAAGUGCUCUUCACCUGUGC